UUCCUGCAGCUGACUGGGUUUUUAUGCAUGAUGAUAAGGAGAGAAACGAGUAUGUGAUGAAUGAACAAGGCAUCAUCUACAAAGGUGUUGAUAAUUACAUAUCUCCGUUGCACUGGGACUAUGGACAGUUUGAAGAAGAUAUGGUGAAGAUUUGCAUGAAGAUUCUGGACUGCAGCAUCAAAUACAAGCGUGAUCCAGCUGCCGACGUUUCGGCCCGCUGCAACCCCAUCUACGUCAGUCGGAUCAUCACGUCUAUGGUGGGCUGACCUCUGCGUUCCUUA